AUGGGCUCCAAAAAGACGCCAGAAGGCGCAGAUGCCUCAUCCGAGGCCACAAAGAAGAAGCACGGAUUCAGAGUCGGGCCUGAAAAUCUGCCAGAUGGGCCAUGGCGUCGUAAAGUCGAUAGAGUAAAGCGUGAUUUAAUUCACAGAGCCAAAGUCAAAAAGGAAUACGCAAAGAUCAAGGCUGCUGACCAGAAGGCUGCCGAAGCCAAGGCCCGUCCGAGCCAUGGCGACAAUGAGGGUGACGAUGUUGAAGAUGACAUGAAACCUUCCCAAGGAGAUGCCAAGGGUGGAGAGGGAGAUGAGGAGGAAGAACAGAUUCAUCCCACCAGACAGCUCAUGCUGAAAGAUGAAGAAAUGGCACAGACUGGAGCCGGUCCCGAGAAGACUACUGGCUUUAGUGACGGCCAGCGGCGGAGAACAAGGCGCCCUGGAUACUACGACAAGCAGCUGAAGAAGGCCGCAGAGCGCCGCGAAGAGGCUGAGACGAAGAGGGCAGAGUUUGAGCGGCGAAUGGAAGAGCGCGCGCAGAAGCGGGCGGAGCGAGAGAAGUUUAAGAAGGCCAUGGCCAAGACCAGGGACAAGGAUGGCAAGAAGAAGCUGGGAAGGGAGAGCUCGUUGUUGUUGGAAAAGGUUAAGAGGCUUGUUGGUGAGAAAUAAGCUGCAAGACCGUGGUUUUUUCUGCAAGUUUAUAAUUUUGUUACGAUACCUUGGCAUGCUGGGCUUUGCGGUUUCGAGGCGUUUCUACUGUGUACAUGGAUCGACCUCAUGGUAUAGUGCCUACUAAUGGAGCAUAUUGCACUGGAG